GGCGAACAGACAAGCUAUGCAUGAUAUGAUGUUCUAAACAGGUUCUAGGUUGCUAAAGGGUCUGCAAGUCAGACAAUUCUGAAUCGGAUAUAUAACACGUCGGAAUUGGGCUGAUUUGGUCUUGAUGAGGCCGACGUCAUAGUGACCUCCGUGGACAUUGGCAAAACAUCAUGGUACAAAAUAUCUUCUGCCGACACACUCCUCCUUCUCAGUUCACUUCAUCAACGAAUACGAACCUCGGCUUUUGUUCUUACAACCAUAGCAACCAUGGCAUCAUCACAAAAAGUCCUGAUCGUCCUUUCGGAUGCCGACCACUUCGACAUGAAGAAGACCUCCGGACCAGACGCCGGCAAGGUCGUCUCACAACCCUCUGGCUUCUUCCUCAUGGAACUCGCCAAACCGCUUUCCAAGCUUCUUGACGCCGGCUACGAGGUCACUUUUGCUACUCCUGAGGGCAAAGAGCCCGUCCCUGACCCCAACAGCGAAAAUCUCCUCGCCUUUGCCGGAAACUUCUACGAGCGCCGUCGCGAGAAUGAACUGCUCGCGCGCAUGAAGAAGGAGAAUGGUUUCUCAUCGCCAAGAAAGUUCAGAGAUAUCAGUGACGAGGAGUUGGAAUCUUUCCGUGGUGUUUUCAUUCCUGGUGGUCAUGCUCCUCUGACUGAUCUGGGCGACAACAAGGAGUUGGGUCGUAUCCUUGAGCACUUUCACGGCAAGCAGAAGCCCACCGCCACUAUCUGCCACGGACCCUAUGCUUUCUUGUCCACCAAGGCAUCGAGCGGAAAGUUCUCGUACGCGGGCUACAAGAUCACCAGCUGGUCCGACAUGGAGGAGUCUAUGAUGGAGAUGAUGUUGGGAGCUGAAAUCCCCAAGGUCGAGGGUGCGCUGCGUGCAGAGGGUGCUGAGAUGAUCGAGGGCAUCGGGCAGAAGGUUGGAUACAUUACCGUUGACAGAGAGGUCAUCAGCGGAGCAAACCCUAUGGCUGCCAACCCCAUGGCCGAUAAGUUCAUCGAGAUGAUGAAGGCUUGAAACGUCACAUAAUCAUGAGCACACGAACCUAUGAUAAUAGCAUCACUUAAUGACAAACCCAAUUCCUUGACUAUAUGUUACG